CAAUGUUAGUGUUCUGCUGUUUGUCGAUGGUCAGUGUUUGAGUGAUUUGUCGCAAUCGCAAAUGUCAUAGUAUUUUUUGAGCUCAAUAAUAUCAGGAUGGCAGAAAACAGAGAGGAAAUUCUAGCAAAUUUUCAGGGUAUAACAGCCAUAGAAGAUGUUGCUGAAGCUAUAUACCAUCUGGAAGAAGCAAAUUGGGACUUACUUGCAGCCAUCAACCGGGUGAUGCCACAAGAUGGGAACAGCUCAGCGGCACAGGACAAUGACACUCAUGACGUUGAGAUGAUAGACGAUGAUAUAUCUGUGAUAACUCCAAAAACUCACCCACCAGACCGGGAAGACCGUAAUCAAGCAUCAACUUCCACGCCUAAUUAUAAUAUCACUCCCAUCGUAGAACUACAAGUUCAUUGUAAUAAUAAGAUACAUGAAGUCAAAAUACCUGGGAAUGCUUCAGUUGGUGAUUUAAAAAAAGAACUGGAAAGGAUUUGCGGCGUGCCAGUGUGCCGGCAGCAGAUAUCGGGGCUGGGCGGCUCGCGGGCCACCAACAAUGCACCGCUAUUGAGUCUCAACCUGCCGCAGAACGCAGUGCUAAGAUUGAAGGCCGCCGAACAACUUAUGGCGGAUGACGAGGUAGCAGAAAGGCUGACGACGACAUACGUGCUGCACGUGAAGGUAGAAGACAAGGACUACACCCUCAAGUACCCGGGCACCAAGACCGUGCAGGAGGUUAAAGGCGACAUAUAUUCGUUAACAGAUAUACCUGUUAGGCAUCAGGUAUGGACAGGCUGGCCAUCAGUCCCAGGUCUAGACGACACAGUGCUAGCGAUGGCGGGCCUCACGCUCCCGCAGCACGAGCUGUCAGUGCGCCGCGCCCCCGCCAAGCAGAAGGAGUAUAAGAGGGUAAAUACGAUAAUAGUGGAGAGCUCGGACAGUGAGAACAGUUCCGUGGAGGAAGUAGAGGACACAGCUGAGGGGUACACCGCUGAAGAUGACAUGUUCGUAGACCUGGUGCAGUCCGAGAGGUUGCAGCCACUUAUGUCGGAGAGCGUGGAGGACGAGGCGCUGGGCUGCAUCGAGUUCGGGUCGCGGUUCCGCGCGCGCUACGGGCCCAACACGCCGCACUUCUUCCCCGGCACGCUGCACGACGCCAUCAAGGAGUCCUGUCUCAAACCUGCGAAAGAGCGUAAACUACUAGGCGUAUAUCUACACCACGAGCAGUCGGUUCUAUCCAACGUGUUCUGCGCACAACUGCUGGGCUGCGAGGCGGUGCUGCAGACCCUGGCCGCCAACUUCAUCGUCUACGGCUGGGACCUGUCGCAUCCUGAUAAUAAUAAUAUGUUACUAUCAUCAGUAGCAAACGCACUGGGUCCUGUGGCGAGCAUGACGAUACGCAACAUCCCGGUAGAACGGCUGCCGGCACUCGUCAUCAUCAUGCGAGUACGCUCCAACACUGAGAUCUACUCCGUCAUCAAUGGUAACGUCGGUGUCUCAGAGCUGCUAGGCGGGCUGGUAGAAGCGUUAGAGCGGUUCAGCUCCGCGCGCGAGGACGAGGCGCGGCUGGAGCGCGAGAGAGACGCCCGGCAACGCGUCAAGCGGGAACAGGACGAGGCCUACCAGCGGAGUUUAGAGGCCGACAGAGCUAAAGAAGAAGUAAAGAAAAGGGCAGAACUAGAAAGAAAUCAAGAAUUAGAAAGAGCCGAGUCAGAAAGACAAAUGGAGGAAGCGAAAAAAGAGGCGGAGCGCGUGGUGGCGGCGCGGCGCGUGCCGGCGGAGCCGCUCGACGCGGCGGCCGACGUGGCGCGCAUCCGCGUGCGUCUGCCGCCGCCGCACGAGCGCUGCCUCGAGCGACGCUUCCACGCGCACGACACGCUCGCCGCGUUACUAGAUUUCCUCGCAUCUAAGGGCUAUCCACAAGAAAGUUACAAGGUUAUCUCUAGCUGGCCUAGGAGAGACCUGACACUGGAAUCUCCAAGCAGUACACUGAAGACGCUGAAGCUGUACCCUCAAGAGACGGUGAUGCUCGAGGAGCGGUGAAACGCGACCGCUCGCUCCGUCGCCGCACACACACACUACUAAAUCUAUUACGUCACUACUGGCCGGACAGUAAAGCUUUCGUUGUUGCCGCCGAUAGAUGGCGCUGAUUUCAAUUAAGGUACCAUUAUCAUCCUCCGAGCCUUUUCCCAAUCAUGUUGGAGUCGGCUUCCAGUCUAACCGGAUUCAGCUGAGUACCAGUUGCUUUACAAGAAGCGACUGCCUAUCUGACCUCCUCGACCCAGUUUCCCGGGCAACCCGAUACCCCUUGGUUAGACUGGUAAUUAAGGUACCAAAAGUCUCGAAAAUCUUCAGUACAGCCUACGUCAAUCUGUCAAAUUUCUUCAAUAGAUUUUCAACCUUAUCACAAUAGCGCAAGGUUGUGUCACAAUGUUUGAUUGGUAAAAUUUGUCAGAUUCGGGUAGGUUGACCUGUGUCUGUAUAUUUGUCCACUAUUUAUGAUUUCUGUAAAGGCCGAUUUUUCAAUCGCCAGAUAACUUUUAUCCGAAGAAUAUGUUUGACGUUUUGAAUUGAAAAUAAUAUGUCAAAACACCAUAGUUGUUCCCCAGAUAGAAGUUACCUUAUGAUUGAUAAAUCGGCCCUAAAUAAAAUUUCUAUCGACGACUACAAUAACGAAAGCCUUCACUGUGACGUCACAGCAUUCAGAUUGGAACCCCAUUCGCUCUGUUCUUCAUAAAAUAUCUCACGCUAUACUGUACCGAAACACUAUCUGUGGUAUUUUGUUUAUAUCAAUUUGCAGUUUUAAAUAUUAUAUAAUUUGUAAAUUAUUUCUUAAAAUGGACUGUAUAAAAGUAAAAUUCGAAAUAAGAGUUUCAAUUUUAAAUACGUUUGCAUUAAUAUGGUAAUUAAUAUUUUCACUCGCUGUAUUUCUAACAAUGAACUUUUACUACCUAGUAAAGUCAAUUUUUCAAGGGUUUUAAAUAAUUUAAAUAAAUGUUUGUGAAUAUUAUUUGCGGGACUCUUAUUUCGAAUUUUACUAAAAAUGGCAUACGUCAAGAAAUGUUUUAGUUAAAAGUUGCAUUUCUAGGAUAAGAAACUCUUUCCUGUCUUGUGGCUUCCGUAGAGAACGCCGUACUAGGCGAAGUUAAUGAUAAAACUAACUUCAAGGCUGCCUCUCCACUUCAUAAUAUUGUAGUAUUAAAUAAUUGAGAAAAUGUUCUCUGCAUAAUGCAGCUAUGUACUAUCGAGGCAGUCCUGAACGAGAUCAUUACAUUUCCCAUCAUAUAGGUUAUGCCAUAACUAAAUUGUAACUACAUGUAAACUAUUUAUUAAGAAAUGUGGUAACAAAACCACACGUUUUACCGAUAUCGAUGUAUUGAUAACCAUACAAAAUAGCACGAAAUUAAAUAAUGUGACGUUCUGUUUGAUAACCAAACUAAUGGUACUAUAUGCGUGUUAUAAUUUCUAAAUAGUUACUUGAUAUUGUGAGUUUAACAUUCAUUGUUAUUCGAGUUUGAAUCUUGUUGUGCAUCCAUAGUGUUUAUAUUGCGUUGCCGCCGCGGACGACGGAGCUCCCGCUGCGUUGUGAGCUUGCAUUGCGAACAAUACUGACAAAUAAACGGACUCUUGUUUGUAUUCAGUGCAGCGUUAAACAUCCUCAUUUAUAUACCUAUAUAUAAAUGAUCGUUAGCUUAAUAUUGUACAUUGAUUAAUUAUUUGACUGGCUCUAGAGGCGGGCGAUAAACACAAUGUUCUGACCAUUUGUUACAUCACAAUGUUUUAAAUAGCCAAAGAGCUGCGUUUAAAGGAGUUUUAAUAUAUUGCGUCUGGCAAUGUGUUUAUCCCUCGUCUCAUAGUCAGCCAUGUACUGAUCUUAUGUAAACUUCAUUCGAGUAAUGUGGCCGACUCGUUCCAGCGUCAGUCAGCCACACUGCCGUGUAUUAUAUACAUACAUGAUAAUAGUAUAAAUUAUUAUGAACGUGGAUAUCCCUGCAGUUUUGGAUGUUUGUAAUUUUUUCACAAGUCCACUCUGAAGUGUAUCUGUGUAACGCGAGGAAGUUAUGUACCCAAAAUAAUAAAACUGAUGGAAGAUUA